AGGCGGAGCGCUGGGGCGCCCUGCCCGGCACACAACGACCCACUGACCAGCCCCAUGGCGCUGCUCUGGGUGCCUCUGCUGGGGCUUUGCUGCUGGCUAGCGGCCGCGGACCGGCACCCGGUGUUCUGGAACAGCUCCAACCCCAAGUUCCUGUUGGAUGACUACACAGUGGAGGUCCGGCUCAACGACUACCUGGACAUCAUCUGUCCGCACUACGAGGAGGGCAGUGCGCCGGCCCGCACCAUGGAGCGCUACACUCUCUACCUGGUGGAGUAUAAGGAGUACAUGGCCUGCAAACCCCACUCCAAGGAGCAGAUCCGCUGGGAGUGCAACAAGCCAGCCGCCCUGCAUGGCCCCGAGCGGUUCUCAGAGAAGUUCCAGCGCUUCACGCCCUUCACCCUGGGGAAGGAGUUCAAGGAGGGACACAGCUACUACUACAUCUCAAAACCAAUUCACCACCAUGGUGACGGCUGCCUGAAGCUGAAAGUGACUGUGGCUGGCAAAGCCACUGGGACACCGCCCGUCCACACCCCGAUGCAGAAGGGGGGGAUCCAGGCAGACGACGCGGACAUGCAGGUCCUGAGGAGCGUGGGCCAGAACUCGGCACUGCGGAGUGGCAGCCCUGUCACCUUGAUCAGCCUCCUGCUGCCCCUGAUGGUGCCGCAAGGCCUGUGAGGUGGGAGCCUGGCUGAGCCGCUGGAUGGCUACUGCUGCCAGGAAUGGACCCUGUGGCCGAAAGAGAUGCAGGCCCCUGGCUGGGCUGUUGCAAACACUCACGUGAGCAGCUCUCGCGUGUGCACACCCAGCUGGGGUCUCAGCCAGGCAUGCGUUGGCAGCCUAAUGACUUAUUAUGGGUCGAAUGACCCAAAGUGGUCAGUAUUACGGGUCAAAUGACCCACAGCUGAGCUGAGCAACCAAAGCCGCCACAGCCCUGUGGGGAGCGGCCCUGCAGGAGGGGCCUCUCCUCCUUACCACCAAAGAACAGACCGCCAGAACUUUCCACCACUCGCUUUGAGAGCAGAUGACAGCGGCUGCUGCCCUGGCUGGAUGGCUGGCCAGUGGCUCUGGACUCAGAAGGGGUGGGGUGCUGGCACCUCUGGCCGGCUGAGCCAGCCUCCGCGGAGUGUGCAGGAUGGACAGGCCUUGUGGGCUGGUGGCAUGGAAGUGUCCUGCAGGCGGAGGCACAUGUGCUGCCCACACAAACGGCCCAUAGACAGCCUGUGUCGGUAGGGCUGAGCACAUCUCAGGCUGGAGCAGGACCUUCUGGAGCAAUAUUUCUUCUGGUGCAGGACCCUAGUGUCAGUGACAUGGGGUGUUGGGAUUCCGGAUGGUGUGACACCUGGAAAAUAAUUUAUAGACAUGUCUGGAGCAGGUGCCCCCUCCCCAAAUUCUGAUCUCCCAUGGCAGUUCUGCUGAUUGCACAUUGGCCAGGGGCCUGGGGCUGUCAGGCCUGAAGCAGGGAGCUGGGCUGCAGACUCCCCAAAGGAGAUGAACACGUCCUCCACAAUCGCCUGAGGAUGGAAUGAGCUGGCAACCCCAAACCCAUGACACCCCCAUUCCCUCUACCCACCCCAGCCUGGCCUCUCCAGAAACACUGAGAGCUGGAGUUCCUUUGGCACUAACUCCCAGCCCCAUUCCUUUCUGCCUAGGCUCAUUGCCACAGGAGCUCUUCCUCCUCUCCUUGCCCCACCCAGGACUCCCUGUCCUCUGUAAAGCAGCCACCUGUAAAGGAAACAGGGUGGGGCAGAGGCUGAGUGUAGCUGCUACCUGGCUGGAGUUCCCACCUCCUGCAGGUCUCUAGACUUCCUGUAUUCCCUUGUCUCCAUGGCCUGUGUGCACCUCGGUGCCUGGAUGGGGUGAGGGGCUCAUUCACCCACACACCUGCUGGGCCCUGCACAGAGCAGUGUAUAUAAUGUGUCUCGAUUUGUAAAGCUUCCUUUUUACGACUGAAAUUUUUAUACAAAGGGUCUUGAAUAAAUACUUUUGGAUA